AUGAAAGCAAUAAGAGUACGAGGCGGUCAAGGGCCUGCAGAAUCGCUAUACCAGGGCACAGCCCCGGUGCCUUCUCUUGCGAAUGGGGAAGCCCUAAUCAAAGUUAAAGCUUUUGGGCUCAACCGUAUGGAUAUCAUUCAACGUAACGGUGGAUAUGUGCUUCCACCGCAAGCGCCGGAGACCCUUGGUGUCGAAUUUUCCGGAACGAUUGCACAAGUCGAAUCAGGAUAUGGAUGGGACAUUGGAGACGAAGUGUUCGGACUGGCGUAUGGAGGAGCAUACGCCGAAUACCUUGCCGUCAGUACACGAAUGCUUAUACCUAAGCCAAAAGAUUUGUCCUGGGAGAAAGCAGCUGCUAUCCCUGAGACAUGGAUGACCGCAACACAAGCCAUGUUUCUUGUAGGCAACUUUAAAGCAGGCGAGUCGAUACUCUGGCAUGCAGGAGCCUCUGCAGUUGCAAUAGCUGGAAUACAGCUAUCUAGGGCGAGUGGUGCCUCACAGGUUUUUGCAACAACUGGUUCGGAUGGGAAAGUAAAAUUCUGUGUUGAAGAACUCGGUGUGACUGCCGCCUUCAACUACAAGACACAACCCUGGCCUGACGAAGUUCUGCGAUCUACCAAAGAUGUCGGUGUAGAUGUUAUCAUCGACCUAGUUGGUGCGAGCCAUUUUCAGGGAAACAUCCAGGCUGCAAGCAGGGACGCCAGGAUCGCGCACCUUGGUCAAGUUGGUGGAACCGUGUUGCCUCCUGGAACCGACAUCGGACCCAUGCUGUGGAAACGUAUCCAUUUCCAAGGGAGUACCCUCAGAAGUCGCGAUCUCGACUACCAAAGCAAGCUCAAGGACCUCUUUGUUGAACAUGCCCUUCCGAAGAUUCGGGACGGUUCUUUCAAAGUGCAUAUCGAGAAAACUUUCUCAUGGACAGACAUAAUCGAAGCCCACAAGCUCCUUGAAGGAAAUACCACGCAGGGAAAGCUUGUCUGUACAAUCGACUAG